GACACGCCCAUGCCGUCCCUUCGCAAGCUGGAAGUAUCGAGGCAAAGUCGCAGCCUGAUAGGCAUAACAAGGAUGAUCAUGACAAUGGCGAGGAUAGCGAUGAUCCUUGGAUCCCCGGCGCAUUCAUCUGGGACAAGAUCAUGCACCACCACCACAAGAAGCGAUGA